UUUUUUUUUUUUUGAACGUCUUCUUCUCUUCAAGCUCGAAAAUAACAACAACAAUGACUUCCAGGGAUAACGUUGCGCUAGCCAACCACGUACUUCAAUCAAUUCAAAAGGAUUUGUCUUUUUUGAAAUCUCAGCAAUACAUAAGCAAUCAAGCGUAUGACGAUAUUCUCCGUAUAUUACCUCCUCAAUUGCACAAUACCACUCCUUCUUAUACUAGUGGUUCUCCCUAUGCCAGCAAAGCUACUAUGCCUUCACCUGGUUCUACUUACAAUAGUUCAACAACUCAACCUCCUCCUCCACCCAAUUAUGCUACAGCUAUUUCUUCGGAAACUGUUGAAGCCUUAUAUGAUUUCCAGGGUCAAAACGCAGAAGAUUUAAGUUUCCAUCGUGGUGAUAUUAUUCAAGUCAAUGAACAUGUGAACAAUGAUUGGUGGAGAGGUACUCUCAAUGGUCGAACUGGAUUAUUCCCUAGCUCUUAUGUACAAAAGAGAGCGUAAGUAUCAAUAACAAAAGAAAAAAAAAAGGAAAAAAGAAAGAAAGAAAAAAAUCAUGUAACUUUUUUUUUUUUUAGAGCUCCACGUCAAGAAAAGCCUACUCCUCCUUCAACACCCGCUAGAAACUCGAUGCCUCCACCACCACCUCCUUCAGCUGGUAAUACUUAUGCUUAUCCACCACCACCUACAACAGCACCAUCUUAUUCCAACGCACCUCCCAGCGCUUCUUAUGGAUAUCCACCACCACCACCACAACAACAACAAUAUAACAACAAUUAUGCGGUGCCUCCUCCAGUUGCGCAACCUGUGCCUGAGCAACAAGCAUCAGGAUCAGCA